UUUAACCUUCUCACCUAGCUAGACAAUCUUAAUUGUGACUCUAGGAUCUUACCUUUAAUAUAUGCCAUUCUAAUCUCAUUACAUAUAAUCUUAUUUCUUAUUUUGUCUUCUUUUUCAUUUUUUUUUUGUGUGGUCGUAGAUCCACUGUAAUAAUGUCAUCUUAGCUCUGCUUAUAUUUUGCUAGCACACAUUGUUACUUAAGUGUCUUAACAUUCUUAGCUAUACAACAAGGAUGAUCUUAUACUCAUCCAACAAAAUUUUCCUUUUAGCUUUAUAGAGAUUCUUGAAUCAAAUAAAAUGUUGUGUGCAUUUCUUUUCUUUAACCCAUCUUCUCUUGAUUAUAUGAGUACCAUCCUUCAAAAUCUCUAUUCUUUUUGGCACUUGAUUGAAGAUAUCGAAAUUGAUCUUUUCAUUUUUUUUUUUUUUCCUCUCUAUGAUGACCUAAUCUCCAAGUCUCAAAACAACAUCAUCCACAUUUCAAUUUUAUUGAACUUACAUUGACAUACUUACAUUUUCACUUAAUUUAAAACUUUGGUUUCCAAGGUGUUUCUCCAUAAUUUAGAUGUAUUAUUAACGUUUUCUUUUGUCUCAUCCACUAAGACAAUACUUCCUACAAGUAACAUACACCACAACACUUUUUCUUGGAUAUGCUCAGUAACCUGUGCAUGUACUCAUCACCAGAGUAAAGAUAAGGGUAACUUAAUGCAAAUCUUUGAUGUUAUCCAAUUGUAAUUGAAAAAAUCUCAGUGUCUCCUCCACAAGUCUUAGUGCAUAUUUCUGCUUGAUAAUACAUGUUACAUAAGCAAGCCAAAAUUUUCUUCUCCAACACCUUCCACAAGAUUUUGUUGGCACUUUGCCAUAGGCUUCUUUCAAGUCUAUAAAUACCACAUACAAUCAUUUUGUUUAUCUUUGAACCUUCCCAUUAGAUGUCGUAGGUAGCUUUUAUUGUUAACCUAGUAGACAUAAAACCAAAUUGAUUUUAAAGACCUUGGUUUCUCUUCUUAACCUUUGCUCAAUUAUUCUCUUCCAAAAGUUUCGUAGUAUGGCUCAUGAGUUUGAUCCCUUUACAAUUUUCACAACUUUGAACAUUUGCUUUAUUUUUAUAAAUAUGCAUUAAGUUGUUCUUUCUCCACUUUAAUGACGUCCUUCUUGAUGAUCAUAUUAAAUAAUUUUGUUAUCCAAAAUAAUGCACUCUUCUUCCAUGUAUUUCCACGCAUAAUGCUAACAAGGUAACAUAACACAAUAUAUAUAAUGAUUGUAAAAUAACCUGAUUCUUUAAAAAUUGGAUUGGGUCAAUAACUGGGCUUACUCCACUAAUUUAAGGCAAAAUUCAAUAAGUCUCCCCCAUAACUUAAAUUUCAUAAGUAUAAUGAACUAAAGAACAUUAUAUUCUCUCCUAUAUGCCUUAUGAAGAGUGAUACUCAAGUACUACUCAAACAAAUCAAAUUAAUUCCAUUAACUUGAAAAUUUUAUGUCAAAAAUGGUUUAUAAUAGAGAAAACCUUGCAACCUUGAAACCAAUUCAUCCAAUCUCUCAAAUCACACACUUUGAUAAGAACGUUUAUGAGAGAAUAUAAUACAAUAUAUAUAGUCGUUAUAAAGAAAUCUUAAUUCUCAAAUUUGCAUUGAGUCAAUAUUUGGGCAAGAUCUCUGAAUUCUAGACUAUAGAUAAUGAAUCAUAAGGAUUUGCAUUUGAGUUGAGAGAAAAGAAUAGUCCUAAGGGUGAAUCAGGUUGGCAUGUUAAAUAAAAACAUAAAUCCAUAUUACCUGAAACAAGAUACAUAAUAAUGUGUAAUAAUAUAUUUUUUUUUGUAUAUGCAUUAUGCAUAUAUGUAUGUUUGCUAAAUGCAAUAUGUUUUUAUUUGUUAAUAUCAAGCAGAGGACUUCUAUUGAAAUCAUCUUGUAUUUUUUUUUGUUAGAGACCUCAACUCAAUAGGAGGCCUACUUAAUCAUGUUCAAUUUUUGCACACCUUUGUUUUUCCUCUAUUCUUUGUUUGUUGCAUGCAGCUACUCUCCCAGCCUACUAUGUGGCAUGUCUCUUCCACAAAAGGCAUGCUGACUUGACUCUGUGAAUUCAGGAUACUCUCUCUCUCUCUCUCUCGCUGUACCUACAUAAGACAGGUUGGUCAUAGGAUAGGAUUCUAGGAGAAGCCUUUGAACAGUUUGGGACAGAGACCCAACAGUUGUUGGACCAGUUAAAUGAGACAUCAACAUUGUUUUUUGAGCUUGACACCACAUGGUUGUUUGAAUUAGUUCCCAGUUGGAUGGCUGAUCUACAUGGAAGUCAAUUCUCUGGGUGGGUUUCUUAUAUCAGCAAUGGCCACAACAAUAGUAGUACAGAAUAAAUGGAAAGUAUUUCAACUGCUAAAAGAUGACAAAGUCAGAAGAAUUGUUCUUUAUGGGGAAGCUGGAGUUGGGAAAACAUGGAUAGCUAGACAGAUGGCAAAUCUUGCAAGAAAGAGGGGCUUAAUUGACAUUGCUCUCUGGAUAUUUCUCUGUAGAGAAUAUGACAUUGACGCUCUUCGUGACAGUAUUGCUUAUCAGUUAUCUGUACUCAUUACGGGGAAGCCACGAUUUGAGUAUGACACUAAAAAAUCAGACGAGAACCAGGGAGACUUGCUUCAUAAAAUAUCCACAACACUGGCAGGAAAGAAGCUUCUUCUAGUUUUGGAUGAUGAGGGGAAGAAAAUGAAUGAACAACAAAUAAUUGAAAAAUUGGAAACUUUGCUGAAUCUUGGAGCACUAAACUACAAAAUCCUAAUUACAAAAAGAGACAACCCCAGCAGCAGUAUUCGAGAGGACAGUGAGAGAUCAGCAAUUAUGGUAAAUCCCUUGUCCAAGGAUGAGUCCUUGUCCUUAUUGCAAGAAAGAGCAGCACCAGGGGUUUAUGAAGAUCCAGGCAUCAGAGAUUUAGCUGAAAACUUUAUUGAAAAGACUACUAAAAACUUGCCUGCUGCAGUUAUCUUGAUGGCAAAAGCCUUCAACUACUUUGCCCGACAGGAUUAUAGGGUGCGGAAGCUGGAACAUUCUCUGGAGCAAACACCCAUCAACAAAGUCUAUGACAUUACACAGUUGCUAUGUAGUGGGUAUGACUUGGUGCCCAACAAUAUUUUGAUCGACUGCUGGCACAGCCAUUUCUUCAAAGAUCAUAAUCGCAUCCACUACAAUGAAUUGAUAGCUUACUGGAUGAUGGAAGGAUAUCUUGGUUGCAUCAAUUCUAUGGAGAAGGCUCAUGAGAAGGGAUAUGAGGUUUUAAUGGAGCUUAUAGAUUGCCAAAUACUGAGAGAAGUGGAGGUUGAUUAUGUUAUGAUGGAAGAAAGAACAACACUGAAUUUGGAUGAUGUAGUCAUGGAAAGGACAACAACGAACUCGGAUGACUGCUACCGUCGUGGAUUUGGUGGAACAGCCAAUCUGGGAUUAGCUAAUGUGUACGGGAAUGGCAAGUGGGAAGGCCUUGGGAAACUCAUUCUAAAGGAUGGAGCAAUGGAAACACUUAACAAUGGCAAAAAACAGAAACUCUCUACUAUUCUGCUUGAUGGGAAUUCUCUCAACAGAGAAUUUCCUUCUAAUUUCUUCCAGUCACAAGAAGGACCUAAAGUUAUUUCCCUUUUUAACCCCACACUGGACAAAUUGUCUUUUUCAUCUGUGAUGAAGAAUCUUUAUGUGCUUCUGCUUAGGUGUUGUCAUUACUUGGAGAAGAUAGACCAGGUACAUCACAGCCUAAAAUAUGAGAAAUUAACUGUUCUUGAGAUAUCCGGUCCAAGCUCCUUGACUAUGUUGCCAGAUGAUAUUUUCAAGCACAUGCCUCAACUUCGAAGUGUCAAUCUAUCCAGGCUACAAGUUGAUAAAUUACCCUCAUCUCUUUAUGAACUUAGUGAACUAACGUGGCUCAUCCUUAGAGAGUGUUCUUGCCUGACAACUCUGAAAAGUUUGAAAAGUUGUACAAAGCUCACGGUGCUAGAUCUUUCUGGGGCUAAAUCUUUGUCUACCAUUGAAGAAGGGAGAUUUUUGGGCUAUCAUGAUCUUCAGUUGCUCAAUCUUUCAGAAACAAAGGUUACUAAGAUACCGCUCAUUAAUGGUCUAAAAAAUCUCACUCACCUCCUGCUAAGAGGAUGUUUGGAAUUGAAGCAUCUGGGUUUCAUUUAUAAUACAACUUCUCUGCAAGUUCUUGAUAUUUCAGAUUCUAGCAAAAUUAAUGAGAUUCUUGAUGAGUCUCUGGAGCUUAUUAAAGACCUUAAGAUCAUGGAUCUAUCAGGAACUGCCGUUGAGGUUCUACGUAACAUUGGCAAUCCUCAUCAUCUGUAUUUAAAAAGAUGCAGUAAACUAUAUAACCUGCAGUGCGUUGAAACAUUGAAAGAUCUUGAGACACUUGAUAUUUCAAACGCAGAAGUCUCGACUCUCCCCGAGUUUUCCCAUCUUUGUAACCUUCGUCACCUAUCAAUGACUUCUUGUUUGAAUCUGAAAGAGUUUCCUGACUUGAAUCCUCUUAAAAAUCUUGAGGUGCUUGAUCUUUCAGGCUGUAUUUCUUUGACAAAAUUGCCAGAUAACUCCUUUGAGCGCAUGUCUCGUCUUCUAAGGCUUGACCUGUCUGGAACUAAGAUUGUUGUGGUCCCUGACCUUUCAAAACUUUGCAACCUCCGUCAUCUCUUACUGAAAAACUGUAGUGAUUUAAGUGAUGUUCCACAAUUAGGAUCUCUAACAAAACUUGUGGAGCUGAACUUGCGUGGUAUUAGAUCCUUGAAAAGAGCAGAUUUCGUGGAGCACAUGAAUCAGCUUCAGAUUCUUGACCUUUCUGGAACGCAGCUUGAACAGUUACCAUCCAGGUCAAGACUAGGAAACCUUACUGAGCUUUAUCUGAGAGGUUGUCCAUGCUUAAAAGAAGUGUCGGAUUUGAAUUCAUUGAAAAACAUGAAGAAUCAGGGAGCUAGCAGCAGCAAUAUAGAGGAGCCAAAUCAUUGUGCCUGGGGCAUCUCUGUUUUGCCAGUUGCAAUAGUUGACGGUAAUGAUAAACCUUCUGCAUCUUUUAAUGGUUCUCAAUUUCAACAACUUUUGAAGGAAGACCCCUCAUUGUGGCAGAAAGAUUAUGAACAAUUCCAUUUCGUUGUUCAUCCCAUUGAGGUGCAAGAUAGAAAAGUAAUUGUCUCUUUGUGGAGAGAUGAUUUUGUUUUCAAAGAUACUUACCUAAGAACAAAAUAUUUAUAUGAUUUUCAAAUGCUACGGUCAACGGAGAUCCAUGGAUUCCACCAUUUCCCCGAAGGCCUUGAAGAUGUUCUUUGUCAUACCGACUCUGUAUUUCUGGUUGAUAAUGUUUUAGAAAGCUUAUUAUCCAAUUUAAGGGCGUUGAACCUCGAGCAACUGAAAGGCUGUUGGAUAGAAAGGUGCAGAGAGAUGGAGAGUGUUUUCUGUGAACAGGAGGAAGGAGAGAUUAUGAAACUGAAAAAUUUAGAGGUCUUAUGGGUUUCCAGUUCUGGUAAUCUCAAGCAUAUAUACCGUGGGAACUGGCAAACAGGCACCUUCCAAAACCUUAAGCAUCUGUAUCUAGAUUGUUGUCCAAAGCUAUCAACUAUUUUCUCUUCUCCCCAGGUGCCAACAAACCUUCAAGUUCUUCAUAUUAAGUUUUGUGACGAAUUGGAGGCUGUACUUGAACAAGAAUCAGCAGAAUCUAAGUUCCCUAACUUAGUGACCCUGUAUCUGUGGGAACUGCCAAAAUUGAAGACAAUUGGAUGUCCCUUGCCAUCUUGGACAACUGAGAUAAUAUGGGCAUGCCCAAAACUAGAAAGGUUUAGGGAGAAUGUUAAUUGAUAGAUCAUAUGGAUUUCCAGUUUCAGUGAUUUUGAAUUGUUAUUUUAGGCCUUUGGAGUAAUACCAUCCACUGCAGAGAUAUUUUAUGCAUGCAUCCCAGCAGGCUCAAGCAACUCUUGCUUCCAUAGGAUCAGUGCAGUGGCAAACAUGUUAUUGUGGCUUUCAACAACGAGCUUGCUGGAGCGGCUAAACAUUCUAUAGUUCACCCAGAACUGGUUUAUAUUCGUUGAUCAGCGCCAUGACUCUUCUUUGUCCCAAAGUCUCAUGUUAUUAGUUUAGCUGCUUCCCAACUUAAGUUUGUCCUCAUAUAUCAACGUUAUCUUUUCUGCAUAGAGGAAGAAAAAACUUCAUAUGACUUCUGUGGAAUUGUUGGAGUCUUAGCUUCUCGUCAAUCACAGACGAAAUUUCUUUCUUCUUGUACAUUAACGUGAUUGUGGCAUAUCCAGUAAGGGUGGGCUUAACCUCAUUUGCUCCUGUGAAAGCUGCAUGUAGUUCAUCAUAGAGUUUUAGUACGACUUAUGGUGAGCUUCCUGCCAAGUAUUGUCCUCUUAUGGAUGGGAAGGUGGGACAGAUUGUUGUCUGAAGCAUCACCCGUAUUUACAGUUAAUUCUUGAAGAGCUUAGGCAAUACCGGUUUCUUCAAUCUUCAAGAAAUCUGUAGAAAACACUUGCGAGCUCAACAAUCCAUGCGGACUAAAAGUGCCUGCAGUGUCCGAGAAUUUACAGGCGCUACCAGUAUUGAAUUCGAAGUAUCAAAGCAUUAUUUUCCAUUUCUUUGCUUUUCAUUCCUUAUCUUGGCUGUUGUUUUCGUGUUCCUGCAACUGCAAGCUAGUGUUUUGAUGAACUGCCUCAAUGAUUUGUUGUAUGUUAACAGAAGCAGAAUUGGAAACUUUUGACACAUUUAAACAAAGAGUUACAUGAAGCUGCGCUUGUUGUUUGAGAUACAUUAUGGUUUUACAAAUUAUACGGGCCGUUUGCUAGGCAGAUUCGACAAGAUGCAUGAUAAUGUGGUGGUCCUUGUUUUAAUUCUAGAUUGAAGGUUCCUCGUGCGUUUGAAAAGUGUAAAUCGAGCCACUGGUCGUCAUUUUUCUGUUAUAAGUACCUUCUUCCAAUCUUUGACAAGUUUUUUCUUAACGGGUCCUAAUGUUUAUGGUUUAACUCUUCAGUUCAUUACAAAAAUAGACAACCCCAGUAGCAGUAUUCAUGAGGACAGUGAGAGAUCAACAAUUAUGGUAAACCCCUUGUCCAGGGAUGAGUCCUUGUCCUUAUUGCAAGAAAGAGCAACACCUGGGGUUGAUGAAGUUCCAGGCAUCAGAGAUUUAGCUGAAAACUUUAUUGAAAAGACUACUAUGAACUUUCCUGCUGCAGUUAUGUUGAUGGCAAAGGGGUGCAGAAGCUGGAACAUUCUCUGGAGCAAACACCCGUCAACAGAGUCUAUGACAUUACACAGUUGCUAUGUAGUGGGUAUGACUUGGUGCCCAACAAUAUUUUGAUCAACUGCUGGCACAGCCAUUUCUUCAAAGAUCAUCAUCGCAUCCACUACAAUGAAUUGAUGGCUUACUAGACGAUGGAAGGAUAUCUUGGUUGCAUCAAUUCUAUGGAGAAGGCUCAUGAGAAGGGAUAUGAGGUUUUAAUGGAGCUUAUAGAUUGCCACAUACUGAGAGAAGUGGAGGCUGAUUAUGUUAUGAUGGAACAAAGAACAACACUGAAUUUGAAUGACGUAGUCAUCGAAAGGACAACAACGAACUCGGAUGAUUGCUACCGUCGUGGAUUUGGUGGGACAGCCAAUCUGGGAUUAGCUAAUGUGUACGGGAAUGGCAAGUGGGAGACUCAUGCUAAAGGAUGGUGCAAUGGAAACACUUCAGUGGCAAACAACAGAAACUCUCUACUAUUCUGCUUGAUGGGAAUUCUCUCAACAGAGAAUUUCCUUCUCAUUUCUUCCAGUCACAAGGAGGACUUAAAAGUUAUUUCCCUUUUUAACGCCACACUGGACACGUUGCCUUUUUCAUCAUCUGUGAUGCAGAAUCUUUAUGUGCUUCUGCUCAGGUGUUGUCAUUACUUGGAGAAGAUAGACCAGGUAAAUCACAGCCAAAAAUUUGAGAAAUUAACUGUUCUUGAGAUAUCCGGUCCAAGCUCCUUGAUGAAGUUGCCAUAUGAUAUUUUUAAGCCCAUGCCUCAACUUCGAAGGGUCAAUCUAUCCAGGCUGCAAGUUGAUUCAUUACCCUCAUCUCUUUAUGAACUUAGCGAACUAAGAUGGCUCGUCCUUAGAAAGUGUUCUCGCCUAACAACUCUGGGAAGUUUGAGAGGAAAAUGUACAAAGCUCAUGUGCUAGAUCUUUCUGGUGCUAAAUCUUUGCUUAAAAUUGAUGAUGGGAGAUUAGUGGAUAUCCA